GUGCUCUGCACAGGCUUACUGCUGUCUCAACCGUAGCAGUAUGUCGUCCGCGGACAAGCCUUCACUGGUCCUUGUCUUAUUAGGAGUGGUAGAAAGAAUCUUCACUCUGUAUCUGCUGCUCUGGAUGGUAACAUCUGAUGGAAGCGGUUCGUUUUGUAGUGAUACAUUCCACUCAUCUAAAAUCAUCUGUCUGUCUGCGAACUACAUGAGUGUACCAUCUCUCCUUCGCAGAUAGCAAGCUGUAGCUUCUGUACUUCAACAAUUGAGCCAUGUAUCGCCGUGAUGGCACAGAAAUAUGGCUGUCAGUGCUGUGCGUGACGCCGCCAAUAGCGUGGUUACCGGCGCCAGGAUGCUUCUCAAGCUCUG